AUUGGGUUCUUCAGCAUCUCAACUCCUCACAACUUCAAGUACUAAAGUUUUCCUUUUGAAAACUUUGAGAGCUCUCUCUUUGAUUACAUUUUCUUCCUUCUUCUACCUUUAGAAACUUCAGCAAUCAUGGGUUUUCGUUUCCCCGGUGUAGUUCAUGCCGAGCAACUUAUUCAAAAGCCUUUUUCUAGUGCAAAAGAUGUUCCAAAAGGGUAUUUGGCAGUUUAUGUAGGGAAGAACAAAAUGACAAGAUUUGUGAUCCCUGUAUCAUACUUGAACCAUUCUUCAUUCCAAGAAUUGCUGUGUCAAGCUGAAGAAGAAUUCGGAUUUGAUCAUCCAAUGGGUGCUCUAACAAUUCCCUGCAGUGAAGAUGCUUUUAUCAAUCUUGUUUCCAGCUUAAAUGUCUGAUGAUGAGUAUAGAUUGAUAAUAACUACUAACAUAAAUGAUUGUUACAAUUUUGUAAAUGGUAAAGAAUGCCAAUACCAUUACCAUGUAAAUAUUUUUCUUUGGGGACUGAAAUGAAAAUGUCCUUGAGAAUGAUACAAAUGAAAAUACUAAAGCUUUUCCUCAA